UUAAUAGCGAUUGCUUCGAUCAUGACGCUGGAUAUAAAUGUGUUUGCCAUCUAGGAUACGAAGGAGUGAAUUGUAGUCAGCUCGCGGAACAGACAAGAGGAAUUAUUGAAUAUAUCCAGGCCAAUAAUACGAACAUGACCAUCACAAUCUGCAGAGAGUUUCAAAUGUGUGCAUACAUAGGGUGUGGUGCGGCAAACUGGUAUGGUGAAAUCUCCAGGUGUAGCUGUGAUGAUGCCUGUGAGCGCUUUGCAGAUUGCUGCUGGGACUAUCAAUCAGCAUGCCAGACCGGAGGGGGUGGUGAUGGUGGAGAUGGAUUUGGUAUCUUUGACCCUCCUGGUUUCUCUGACCCUUUCGGUCCUGAGGAGGAAAAAUUUGACAUGCCUGCUUCAGUACGUCCCGACAUGUAUUCAUGUUUUUCAACCAGGAAGGAGAAUUAUCUGUUCGUCUCGCGAUGCCCACCAGCGUGGGACGGUUCAGAUUCCCAGGCCAGAUGCGAGAACACUACUGAUUUCAGUGACCCACUCAUCUUUGUUCCGGUGUCUCUUGGAACCCAGGUGACAUUCAGAAAUGUGUAUUGUGCUAUCUGUCAUGGUGUUCAACCUGCCAACCUCACAUCUUGGCCAGUUGAUUUUCAUUGCAGUGAUGAUAAGAUCCUGCCAUUGGAUAUUGAUGAAAUGCUUGACAGAAUCAGAAGUGGAAUGUGCAAUCAUACAAUUGAUGAUGCCAAUAAAAUUUCCCGUACCCCUGCGUAUCGACCGUGCGCUGUCGACGUGAUAAGCAAGUGUCCAGAAGACUUUGUAGAUAAUGGUAUUGCUGAAGCUUGUGCAGGGUUCAUAGCACCUCUGCAGCCUCCUGAAACACAAUCAGUUUUUGCUAAUGGAUACUGUGUCGCAUGUAAUCUUCCAGAUCUUAGCUAUUCAGAGUUCAUACCUUGUAUAAGUGUAGAAGUGGGAGAUGCUGUGCCACCUGCAGGUUUCCCACUCACGGUCCUGGUAGACUUCAAAGGGAAUAAUGGUAUUCAGUUCAAAGCUAAUCGAGACGUUGUAAAGCAGGAAACUGUGGAAUGUCAAGUAGGAGCUGUCUUUGACAGCCUGGCUGGCAUCUGUCGUUCUCUAUCAUGUGCGACUGGUCUGUCUCUUCAAGAUGGUGAGUGUACCUGGAAUGUCAGGUGUGUUGGGAACCGUGUUGGCAUUGAAUUGAGUGGUUUCAACAUCAAAAACAGAGAAUGCGUUUCCUUUCAGGAAGCGCAAGGUAUGAUGAAGUGCCUUGCAGAUAUCCUUGAACUGUCUUUGGAUGAUGUUUUUCUAGUCCGUGCCAACCCUGAUGUGGAUCAGUGCAUCGCACAAGAUGUGAAUGAGACAUUGAAAGUUGAAAUCCAUGUCAAGAUGUCGUAUUCCAAGAUGAGCAAGAUGGUUACCAGUUCCUCAAGAGUUCAUACAUGUGGAGCAUCAGUUUUGCAGUUCAAAGUGUUGUGCAGUGAUGAGGAUAGGCCUUGCCAAUAUGGAUGGACCAAUGUGGACUAUGGAAAGGAUGUCUCUAUGGUCAGUAUUGAUCAGACAACAUAUCUGACAUUCAGGGGAUUUCAUGCAACACAAAGAUACAAAUCUGUAGAAGUGAGAAGAACAGCAGAGUUUCAAAGGUCACAAGAAAACGGUACAAUUUCUCUACAAGAGAUAGUUCAGAUUUGUUCUGACCCAACAGGAAAUGCCACUGAUCCCAGAUUAGGGAAUCUUCCCUGUCCAAUAAUCACCAUGAAUGCUUCUGAGUUCCAUCAGGUCCACAUUGGGGAUGAUACAAUCCUGGUCCACUUAGAGUCCAGUAGGAACUUCACUGAAUCUGAAUUCAGGAUAGGUGACACAGGCAACGUUCUAGUGUGUUCGUUUUUAUCAGAGAGGAGCGGAAUUCUAAACGUGACUACACCUGAAGAAUUUCUGCUGUACUCAGACACACAGAGCAUUCUCAGUACCGUGUGCGUGACUCUCUCCCUCAUUUCCCUAACAGUAACACUCUCCACAUUCAUCAUGUUUCCAUCUCUUCGCAAAUUGACCAACAACAAACUCUUGUUUAUGUUUUGCAUUUUCCUGUUCCUGGCUCAGCUCCUGACAGUCGUCGGUUCAUAUGCAUCCCCUAUUCCCAAGCUCUGUAAAGUCGUCUCUGCGACCACCCAUUUCUGCUGGAUAGCUGUAUUUGCCAUAACCAACUCACUUGCGUUUGAUUUACACCACACGUUCGGUUAUAACCAGAGUUUCACGUUUGCGCAGACGAGCUUGAAGUCGCUCGUCAGAUACCUGGUGUAUGUCCCAGGUGUGUCUCUGUGUGUGGUCAUUCCUUGUGUCUGCAUUGAUGUCAUCACUGAUUCGCAGGUUCUGGAUUACACUUAUGGUGACCUUUGCUGGGUUGGUGAUGAUUUGAUGAGGCUUCUGGCAUUUGGUGUCCCAAUGGCUGUACUGCUUGCAAUCAAUGUCAUUUUCUUCUCCUACACUGCUAUUGGCAUCUGGAAGGGACAUCAGAACGCUAAGAAGGUGGGGAGGAAGAACAUGCGUCCGAGUUUCCAGGAGAGAUUUGACCUGCUGAAGAUUUAUAUCAAGGUGUCGACGCUGAUGGGGUUUACGUGGGCUACGGCUUUCAUUAUCCCUUUCUGUGGGAUUAGCGCCCUCUGGUAUCUCUUCAUUGUGCUCAAUGGACUCCAAGGUGUGUACAUCUUUCUUGCUUUCACCGCCAACCAGCGGGUGUGGAACCUCUGCAAGGCUCUAGUCUGCGUUGCCGACGAGCCAUCUUCGAGGAGAUCCACCAACUUCACGGAAAGCACCCUCGGAACCGAUGACAACAGUCGGUCUGUUCGCCAAAACAGAAGGGAUGAUGACGAUGAUCCGAGGGUUGAUAUGGUGAUCGAUUAACGGCAGAAGGAAGAUAAUGGAGAGAGCUCAAAGAAGCAAGAAAAGGAGGGGUGGAUUGAAGGGGAGGAAGUGAUGUCCCAUAGUGACUAACAAUAUCAA